AUGUGGGCCGCAGCCAUGUGCUUCGCCACCAGGACCGUCCUGAGCAACGCGGCGGAAAACCCGCGCCUGGUGGUGGCAGAGAAACACGCGAGUGAACUGGACCUCAAGUGCGAAAGCUAUGAAGAUGGUGUCGACUGGGCUGAGGUGCGGAGGCUCCUCUUCGUUUUUCUGGCGCGGCCCUCCGAGGACCACGAGUUCCUGAACCCGCUGCUGGCGCUGGGCCGUACGCCCACGGAUUGUUACAUCGGUUUGUGUUGCCUGGGCUAUUUGGCGAUGAUUUUCAUGAACCACGAGAAGCGAAGCACUGCCCUGGUGAAUACCUUGUUCGGCAGCGUUCCCUUGUGGGACCAGAUUCCCUUGUCUUAUUGGGAUACCAUUCACAGUCGCUGGCCCAUCUUUGGAUUGCUGGAGAUCGUCGGGACGUUGGUGCGGAAAGAUCCGGAGCUUAGCAGCCGUGGCGACGAUGGCUGCUGCGACUUUUUCGACCAGGACAUGGAGCAAGUCUUUCAGGACGUUCUCACGGAGCAUUUGGCCUCAGGCGCUGUGGUGCGAGCGUCGGCCUCGACGAGGUACUUGGCCGAGUCCUUCUCACGCUGCUCCUUCGGCAAGGCUUCGGCCUACUUGGCCUUGGCAGAACGAUUCCUCCAAGUGGAAUCUCCCGUGCUCACGCAGGCCUCCAAGGACUUCAUGGCCCUGGGCGAAGCGCAGUUGGAUCGCUGUGCUGUUGGACGUAACGUGACGAUCUUCGAGCAGAUGUUGUCGCUGUGGCCCUUCUGGGGACUCUUGCGACGUGUGGAGGCGGACGGCAGGGUACAGCUUCCCUCCGAGAAGCUUCGCGUGCCGCCGGAGUAUGUGUCGCCUACUCUGAGACCUGUGGCAGCGCUUCACCAUCCAGAAGGAGCAAGGCAGCUACACGGAAGUCCGCGAACGAAACCUGCGAGAGCUGUUUUCGAACAGGAGGCAGAACUUGGCCCCGAGCCCAUGGAACCCACGGAGUCUCGUAGCUGUGAGGCACGAGAUGUUCACGUGGCGCUCUCCGGAGACGGCCGACACAUGGAGGGCCUGUUGGCUGUGAUACAAUCCCUGAUCUUAGGUACAAAGUUUGCCAAGCGGGUUUGUGUCCAUGUUUUCGCGCUGCAGAUUGAGCUGACGGGUCUCCUUGCAGCUUUCCGUUGCAGCUUUCAGACGCGUUUGCAGAAGGGCCAGGGUGAGAACAACUUCUUGAUCGAUGGUGUGGCCGUUGCCGUGCACAUCUUCAGUGAAGCGGAGGUGCUCUCUGCAGAUCUGGUCGUGGAUGAGGGUGUGACCGCUGAGACCGGGGACCUGAACGCUCCGCACAACUUCGUGCGUUUCUAUUUGGGCAGAUGGAUUCGAGCCGAUAGGAUCAUCUAUCUGGACACAGACGUCAUCGUGAAGGGCGAUGUGAGAUGGCUCAAGGAUGUGAAGAAUGGUCCGUACACCGAGGUCUGUGAACUGCAUGAUCUGGCCUUCAGCAGCCGAAGUGAGGCGGUGCUGGCGGCAGUGCCACGCAGGCAUUUGCCUCUCUCCUUUUAUUUGAAGGUCUUCAGCCCCAAGAUGCCCAUCUGGGUACCCUCCAGUGCUCCCAGUUUUAACGCAGGUGUCAUGGUCAUCGACAUGAAACGAUGGGAGCACCUCAAGGUCACGGAGCAGGUUCUCCUUUGGGCCAAGCAGAACGGAGCUGGCCGCGACCUAUGGAGGCACGGCUCUCAACCACCCCUGCUCUUGUUGCUCUACGAUCGCGUGGAGUGGAUUCCGGACGUGUGGAAUGUGGACGGUCGCUGGGUGGAUUCCGGCGUUGCAGUGUUGUUUGAUGUCGAUAAAGAAGAAAGGAACCCCAAGGAUCAAGUUGACGGUUCAUAUCAGGAAUCAGUGGUGAAUGAUGAGAUUGACAAUCGAGAUACAAAUGGGUACAAGGCCUGGGCCAUGGAAACGGCCGGUCCGAGGAGGCCAUCCAAGACGCCAAGAUCCUUCACUGGACUGGACCGUUGA